CUUGUACUCUUCUAUUUUACGCGCAAUCCACGCAAGUAACAAAUAAAACAUAUUAAAACGAAGAAAAUAAAAGAAAAGGACUCUGGAGAGUUUCUCCUUAUCAUUUUUACAAGAUGUCAAGAAAUGAAAACGCGAAGGCACAACCUCUGGAGAAGUCCAAUUUUACCCGGAAGUGUAGUUUGCUCAGCCGUUACUUGAAGGAGAAGGGUAGUUUCGGUCAUAUAGAUCUUGGUUUUGUCGGAAAGCCCGUUUCCUUGCCUGGAAACUCCGAUUCACUAGGGAAAGAAAUUACGAUGCAUAAGGCAGAUUUGGGAAACAAAUCCCUCGGCUUCUUUCAGAAGGUUUCAAAAGGCGAACCUUCUCCCUCAUCUGGAGGCAAAGCCAACAAAGAUACCAACCUCAGUAAAUCAUCAGAGCCAGAAAGUUCGCAGCUGACCAUAUUCUUUGGAGGUCAAGUUUUAGUAUACAACCAAUUCCCCGCAAACAAAGCUAAAGAGAUAAUGGAAGUGGCUAAGCAAGCCAAGCCUGUGACUGAUAUUAACAUUCAGACACAAACCAAAGUCGAAAACAACAACAAAAACAACAUGGUUCUCCCUGAUCUCAACGAGCCCACAAAUUCUGCGGAUAUCAAUCAACAGCAACAAGAACAAAACCAGGUCGUGGAACGUAUAGCACGUAGAGCUUCUCUUCAUCGAUUCUUUGCUAAACGGAAAGACAGAGCAGUGACUAGAGCUCCAUACCAAGUUAACCAAAAUGCGGAUCAUCAUCAUUAUCCUCCCAAGCCAAAAACUACACAUGGUCAACCACUUGAAGCAGGGGAGUCGUCAAAGCAACCGGAGAAUGAUUUUGGUCAAACCAUGUCCCACCCCAUACCAAAAGGCGAUAAUGAUAUUUCUAUGGAGAUUAAAGAAGAAAGCCAGUGUUCGAAAGAUUUGGAACUUAGGCUAUAGUAUAGUAAGCUCAAUAUAUAUAUAUAUAUAUAUAUAUAUAUAUAUAUAUAUAU